AUGAGUGCAUGCGCGUAUUUGUUUAUAUAUGUGUUUGCGUACAAGUACAUACAAACAUAUACACAUGCUAAACGGCGUCGUUUGAGUGGCGAAAAUUGGACUGAACCGCGCCUGAGGAGCAGAAGCAGCAGCAGCUCGGAUGCGAGAGUGGAGCUCGCCGUUCGUCUGUUGUCCCAGAUGCGCUCCAUUCAGGCCAACAAAAAUAGCAUCGCAUCACAGCUAAGGGCAACCGAAGCAUGUGAGAUCAUUCAGGAUGCUGGCCACGACUUAAUUUUUGAUGAUGCCGAUUCGGGCAUUACUUUUAAAGCGUUGCUGGGUCCUUCGCUGGAACCUUCUGGAACUGGAACUUUGGACAUGCAACCUCAGUUGGAAGAACAGACGCAGGAAGCGUCCCCGUCUUCACUUCCACCAAUUCAGAUUAAGGUGGAAGUUACCGCUUCGCCGUGUUCAUCAUACAUGGAGCAGCAGCCGUCCACAUCAACUGUUGUGCUCCAGCCAACACCCUCUGCACCAUCAGUGACAGCACUCUCCACACCUCGAAGUUCUGUGGUUGGAGCGGAAUCGAGCGUUGAGCGAGUUGCCAAGCAGGAGGCGCAGGUACUGGCACGAAUUGCGGAGUUGCGUCGGCAAGGUCUUUGGACGGCCUCGCGAUUACCGAUGAUCGAAAUGCCACCGCGAAACAAAACACAAUGGGAUUAUCUGCAGGAAGAGAUGCAUUGGAUGGCGACCGAUUUCCGUCAGGAAAGAACUUUUAAGCGACAAGCUGCAAAAAAAGUAUUUCUUAACAAAAUUCUGGUGUCAAAUCGUCUGGGUUUUUUUUCCCCAGUUCAUCUGACGGGCGACAUUGAAAUUCAGGAUUUUGGUGUUUUGCGGUGGGAUUUUGCUUCAGUUGUAUAG